UUUAUGGGAAUCUCCUGGCUUCAUUUAAAUUUCGCCAGCGUUGAAUGGUCCCCCGAAUUCCGAAUAAGUCAAAGCCAGAGCCCGACUCUUCCUCUUUCCCUCCUCCCCCUCUCUCUCGCUCUCGCUCUCUCUCUCUCUAUCUACACGCAUCGUCUUCUUCUUCUCACUUACCUCGCCGUCACGUUCGGUCCAAGCACACGCCUCGCUAACGAUCACCCCAUCUCCACCAGAUCGAUCUUCACACCAAACUUCCUACCUCGGCUCUCUCGUCGCGUUUCAGUUCGAACCCAUCAUCGAAAGGAGUGGAAAAAUCGAUAGUUUGAGCUGCCUGUUGAUCUGCAAUGGCGGUCGCGACGGCGGCGGCGGCGGCGGCGGGGGUGCCGGUGGCCGUGGCGGCGCUGAGCUACCGCUUCGUGCCGAAAAGGGUCUGCUUCAGCUUCGCGGCCUACGCCAAGAGCGUCAUCUACCACCUCGCCUCCUGCGACGUCCCCGUCCUCGAAGGGCUCACGGCGGCCGAGUUCGACUGCCUGGAGUCCGCCUUCUCCUUCGCCUUCCCGCCCGACCUCCGGGAGAUCCUCCAGGAGGGCCUCCCCGUCGGCCCCGGGUUCGUCAACUGGCGGUCGUCGUCCCCGCAGCAGCUCCGGAUUCUCGCGGGCCUCCCCGGCCGGUGCCUGAUCAAGGAGGUGUCGCGGAGCGACUUCUGGUGCGACGCGUGGGGCGAGAGGCCGAGCGGUCGCGACCGGGCGGUCGAGUUGGCGGAGAUUUUGGAGGAAGCGCCGGCUCUGGUGCCAAUUUACCGGAACUGCUACAUCCCGGCGUCGCCGAACGCCGUCGGCAACCCGGUGUUCUACAUUGACGGCGGGGACGUCCGCGUGCUGAGCUUCGACCUCGCCGGAUUCUUCCAGGAGUUCGAGUGGUUGCGAAUCGGCGUCUUCCGGCCGGCGGAAGUUGCCGCCGAUGAUCGUCACGCCGGCGUGGGCCGCCACGGCGCCGCGGAGGAUCGAGUUCUGGAGCGACGUGGCGGAGAAAGGUGGGAGAAGGGCGCCGGCGCCGGCGCCGGAGCCGGCGCGGGGGUGAGCACAGGCGGGUGGUGGUCCGCCGGCGGCGGCGUCGGCGGCGGCGGCGGCGGCGGCGGCGAACUCGGGGCGUGCUUGGACGAGGCGUUCUGGAGGCUGAGGGACGGAGGGUGGAGGGAGGAGGAGGUGAGGGAGAUGAUGGGGAUGGGCGGCUGCGAUGGGAUGGUGAAGGUCGGGGGCGACGUGGCGAGAUCCGACGGAAGCGUCGCUCGGCACGUGACAGCCUGGUCCUUGGAGUUAUUGCGUGCGGGAUGGAGCAGGGAGGAUGUGGUGGAGUCGCUUGGGAUCAACGUCGACGAAGAGCGCGAGGUCGGCGUCUACGAUCCUCAUGAUCGGGGCUAACGUUGGGAGCACGCGAAAACGACGUCGCCAGUCGGAAAGCAUUUUUAUGUUCAGCUAUAAUAAGAUCAUGAGCGAACUCCUCAUAUUGCGAAUUUUGUGCUUUAUACUCAUACAUACAACUCUACAGAUUUUAGGUAGGGAUUGUUAUCAUGUAAAUCUUCUGCUUAGUUGUAAAUACAAAACGUGUGGGAGAGAUCAUGAUGUGGAUGAUCACGAGCAAAUACAUGUUACUUGUUCAGGCAUAUAUGAUUUAAAAAGUCUUGAGUUCAUUGCA